AUGAAUAAAGGUGAAGAAAUAGAAAAUUUUUUGUUAAAUAACACUGAUAUCAUAGAUGAUGGUAUUCCUCCAGCGCCUUUACUUAGUGACUAUGUUGAAAUGAUGUAUCUUGGUUCUAUAUUUAUAAUCGGCAUACCAUUAAAUUUUAUUGUAUUAAAAAAACUAAGACAACAAAAUGAUAAUAUACAUCAUAGUUCUAAGAAAGGAUUUAUUUUAAUGAAGAUUCAUUUAAAUAUUAGUGAUUUUGCAAUUCUCCUUUGUAAUGCCUUUGGAAAAUUUUGUUGGAUAUUAACAUAUCAAUGGAAAGGUGGUGAUUCAUUAUGUAGGAUAUUUAAUUUUUUAAAUAUGUUUACAUUAUAUUUAAAUAGUAAUAUUGUUGUUUCUAUUGCAUUAGAUAGACUACGUAAUGUUGUUGCAGCAAAAAGAAUUAAGGUUCAAAAAAAAGAAAUAAUUAUUAUAAAAUGGUAUAUGAUAAUAUCAUGGACAUUUGCAAUAUUUUUUUCCCUACCUCAAUUAUAUGUAUGGGAGGUUAAAAAUAUUUUUUCAAAUAUUGAAAAUGGUUGGUAUCAAUGUACAGAUAUAUGGACAUUAUCUAAAUAUUUUCCAUUGGAAUAUAAACAUUUUGAUAAUAAUUUUACAAAGUUUAUUUUAGAUGAAAGUGUAGAAACAUUUUAUAAUAUUUCUCAUCUUAUUCUUGUUUUUUGGUUACCUAUUUUAAUAAUGAUUUUUUGUUAUAUUAUUAUAGCAAUAAAAAUAAUUCAUUUUUCAAUUAAAAGUCCAUUAAGACAAGAAGGAAAAAAACAACGUUAUGAAAUGUCAAAUUGUGAGGGUGAAAUUUACGAUAGUACUUAUUUAUCAGAAUCAUCUGUGGCAAGAAAUGUUCAUAAAUUUUUAAUUACAAAAACACAAAAAUAUUCGGAGACAUCUGGAGGAUAUGUAAAAGAUGAAAAAGAAGAAAUUGAAAGAAACAGAGAAUCAUUAAUAAGAAGAAUAUAUAAUAAUAUUGAUAAUAGAGAAAAAAAUUUAAGUGGUAAUAAAAAAAGCUUUACAUUUUCUCUUCCAGCAUUUAAUAACAAAUCUUCACAUUGUAAUAAUGCAUACGCAAAAAGAAAAUUAGGUGCAUCUAAAUCUUUAUUGGUUAAUGGAACUGAUAAAUCAUUAUCUAAUACUAAUAUUAAGACGCAUAAUAAUUCAACUGUCUCGACUUCAGGAGUACCAUCAUUUGGAGAUUAUCAAGUAACAAGAGUUCAAAAAAAAAGUCAAACAUGGCAUCGUCAAAUAAGAGGUAAAAUGUUUAGAACUGCCUUUCUUGUUGUACUUGCACAUAUUUUUUUUUGGUUUCCUUAUAAUACGAUCUCAUUAAUGAAAUAUGUUAAUAGUGAUCUUCAUGAAAAAUUAAAUGAACAUGCAAAUGUUUUUAAAGAUAUGCAGUAUUUAUUAACAAUUAUUAAUCCAUUUUUGUAUGGUUUUAAUUAA